GCGGGGGCAGCGCGGCCCGCCGGAGCCUCACUCCCCCCGGGCUGCAGUCUGGGAUGGGAUCCAGCAGCGGACUGAGCGCCUCUUCACCCAGCCAGUGAAACCUGAUCAAGUCAGUAGCUCCUGUUUGGUUUCAGGAGAUUCCGGCCUGCUUCAGAUGGGAAUUGUUCUGAGCUCCGACCCAACCGUCCGGACCCAGCCGUCCGGAGGGCUGCGUCCCGUUUAACUCCGGCAGCUCAGAGGAGAAGAUCCGGCUGGAGUUCAGUAGGAGCCAGAAGCAGGACAAAGGUUUGACCUGCUGAGGAGUUCGGGUCCAGCUCGGAGUGACCCGGUUCGGAGCCCCGCGGAGCAGUGCGUAAAACCCGCCGUGCACCGGACAGGAAGUGAACUAAUUAUGAUCAAACCCUCAUUUCAAUAUCUGCCGUGAGCUGCAUGGACCGCAGCCAAUCACCCACCGGAGGGCAGCUGCAGCCGCAGCCAGCAUGAUCCCCCCUCCAUCAUAAUUACCCUGACAUGCGCAAUCUGCUCAGCGGCCGCCGAGCGCGCAGCCUAUUUCACCGACCCCGCUGGCCCUGAAGGCGCCCAGUCAGCGCCCCAUGCUCCGGCGGGAGACGGCGAAGCGCGCAGCAUGUCCCGCCGAAAGCAAGCCAAGCCGCAGCAGCUCCGCUCCGAGGAGGAGGAAGAGGAGAGCCGGGGCGCAGCGCGCUGCAGGACGGUAGCUGUCGGCCUAACUGUGGAGGUUGGAGAAGGAAGCAGAAGCAGUGAGGAGAUGCACAUCUGUGCCAGGUGUUGUGCUCAGUUCUUCACCUGGACUGACCUGAUCAGGCAUCAGGGAGUCUGCACAGAGGAGCCAAUGGUGCUGGUGGUGAAGGACGAUCUUCCUGAGGAGUCUCCAGGCGAGGCGUCCCCGCUUCCCAGCGUAGCGUCCAGCAACUCUUCAGCGGCAGAGUCCAUGGACGCUGCCUUCGAGCUGGCCAAUGACAACGACAGUCUGGACCAAUUAGAAGAAAGGAGGGAUUGGGAUGAAGCUCUGGAGCUGGAGGCGCCCAGCCCCCCUCCUCCUGACUCCUCUCAAGCGUCUGCAGCCGGCAGGAUGCCGGGGACCAACGUCACCCUGGAGAUCCUCCACAGCACCAGGGUGGCGGUGGCCCAGUUCUCCCAGGGGAUGAAGAGCAGCGGUCUGGGCGAGAAGGCCACUUCAGCAGCCAUCCCUGUAAUCCUGGAGCACCUGCUGGCUCUGCAGCAGCAGCAGGUCCAUCAGCUGCAGCUCAUUGAGCAGAUCUGCAGCCAGGUCGCUGUCAUGAAGCGCCAGCCGACACAAGCAGCAUUAAACCCUGCUUCCAGGCCCGUGGCUCUGGACUCCAACCUAGGAGUCAUCCCUCCUCCUAUCCUGCCUCUGUCAGGAACUAUGCCCUCCUCCAUUAAUGGACAGGCUGCUGUGUCUUUACCAGCUGUGCUUGAAAAGCCACAAAGUCUCCCGUCACACUCUUUCUGUGAAAAGUCCGCCUUGAUGUCCUCGUGCCCAGAAAGCUCUCCCCCUCCCAUCUGCAGCAGUAUGCUGCUUCCUCCCUGCAGUGACUCCAGCAGCAUCAGUAGCUCCUCCUCCAGCCUGCCGUUUCUACCUCAGAGUCCUCCCAGUGGCGUCAUCUUCCCCAACCCCCUGGCCAGCAUUGUAGCCACAGCCAACGCACUUGACCCCCUGGCAGCUCUCAUCAAGCAACGGAAAGGCAAACUUCCCAACCUGCCUCUGUUUGAAGCAAAGCCCAGCCCAGAGGAAUCCUUCUUCAAGCAUAAAUGUCGGUUCUGUGCCAAAGUGUUUGGCAGCGACAGUGCCCUGCAGAUCCACCUGCGCUCCCAUACAGGGGAGCGGCCCUUCAAAUGUAACAUCUGCGGCAACCGCUUCUCCACCAAGGGGAACCUAAAGGUGCACUUCCAGAGGCACAAAGAUAAGUAUCCUCAUGUCCAGAUGAACCCCUUUCCUGUGCCAGAGUAUCUGGACAACGUGCCAACCAGCUCUGGGAUUCCCUACGGUAUGUCUGUCACUCCAGAAAAACCUGUCUCCUCGUGGUUGGACAGCAAGCCAUUGGUAGCAACUCUUCCUGCCACUCUAGCUCUCCCACUUUCCUCCACUAUCCCCAGAGUUGGAGGCUCUACUGACCCAGUAAAUGUACCAGCAUUAGUUAAGUCUCCCUACCAGGCAGCUCCUGGUGAAUGUGUAUCUGAUCCACUAAACCAGCGAGGCAUCGAGGCAGGUUUCUCUCCUGUUCCAGAAACUGAUGCCUCCAAAAUACUGAAAACAGAUGGGGUCCAGCUGCCUCUAAGCCACACUCAGUCACCAAGGGCUGACCCAGUUGGUGAGACACCCAGCCGGGCCACCACACCAGAACUCAACACCUCAGCAUCUUUUGCCUCCAGCUCUCCACCUGUGUUGCACCUCACAGAUUCUCUGCAAACUUCCGAAACCUCGAAGCUUCAGCAACUGGUGGAGAACAUCGACAAAAAGAUCAGCGACCCCAACCAGUGCAUUUUGUGCCACCGCAUCCUCAGCUGUCAGAGCGCGCUCAGGAUGCACUACCGAGUCCACACCGGCGAGAGACCCUUCAAGUGCAAAGUAUGCAGCCGGGCUUUCACCACCAAAGGGAACCUGAAGACCCAUGUGACCGUCCACAGAGAAACCCCUCCGGUUCAGGUCCAGCACUCAUGCCCAAUCUGUGAGAAGAAGUUCACCAAUGCAGUGGCUUUGCAGCAGCACAUCCGUCUGCACAUGGUUGGCCAGAUACCCGACAUGAUGGAGAGAUUGCAGGACAUGGACAGCUACGAAAGUCUCAGUAGUAACGGCAAUGAACUCACUGAUGAUUUCUUUAUGGACGAUGAGGAAGAGGAGGAAGAAAACAUGGAGGAGGAUAUUAAUUCACUUAAACCCUUCAUCGUUGACUGCAGAUCUCCUCUAAAAUCCGAGUCCAUACUGUUAGGUGCAGCAGUCCUGAACAGCCAAACGAGGAUUAUUGACACCUCAGUGGGUUCGAACCACUGCUUCAUUGACAAAACACUUUUAGAUGGAGUCAGCAGCCUGCAAAGUGCUGAUGGUGUUUCAUCAGAGAAAAAUAUGGAAAACAGCCCCCAUGCAUCUGAAUCCUCCCGUUCUCCACAUGCACCAACAUCUCUUCCUCAAAGUGUCUCUGAAGGCCUGGCAAUCAGUCUCCUCCAGACCGCUGACACUAGCAAGCAGGAGGAGCUUCUGGCUGCUCCAGUGAAGAGAGAGCAGUCUCCAACAUCAGCACCAGAUCCAAGCAAAGCCUGGCUGAAGGACGAGAGUCAGUACAGAGUGUCCUUCCAGCUGAGCCGAGAGAGAGCUACAGAUCAGAGCGUCUCCAGCCUGAUCCACGGCUCGUCCUCUGGUUCCGCUAAAGCUGAAGUGAGCGGCCAGACUCAGCUGAACGGCAUAAUGGACGUCCACCACCUGCCUCCAUUCACCCUGAACAUCUCUGCGUCUUACCCGGCCGCCAGCAGCCCUCGGGCCGCCUCUCUGCUCGGUCUUCCCCGGCGAACGCCCAAACAGCACAACUGCAAUGCCUGUGGGAAAAACUUCUCAUCGGCCAGCGCCCUGCAGAUUCACGAGCGCACGCACACUGGAGAGAAACCGUUCGUCUGCUCUGUCUGCGGGAGAGCAUUCACCACGAAGGGCAACCUGAAGGUCCACAUGGGGACCCACAUGUGGAGCGGGGGCCCGGCCCGGAGGGGCCGCCGGCUGUCGCUGGAGAACCCGCUGGCGCUGCUGGGCGGAGAGGCCCUGGUGCUGCAGAAGGACCUGGCCAACCGGGCCGUGGACUCGGGGUUCUGGAACCGCUACGCCACGGCUAUCACCAGCAGUCUGGCCAUGAAGAGCAAUGAGAUCUCUGUGAUCCAGAAUCGACGCGUCUCUCAGCUCCACCCUCUGAGCAUCGCCGCCGCCGGCCCGAUUGCUGGACUCAAUGGGACCGGAAUCGACCUGGGAAGCAACCGGCAUUUUUCAUGCUGAUUGACGACGGCAAAGAAAUUGGAAUCAAUUAAAAAUGAACUGAAUGCUGAAAAAACCUCUUAUGCAAAUUAUUCUAAACAUUAAAACAUUUGUCCAUCAUCUUAAAAAGACUUGGUUUCAGAGCAGAACGCGCUGCAGUCCUGCAGCGGAGGAAAGGCGUUCAGGUUGUUCCUGAGAAUCCCUUCAGAGCUGCACACUGCUGCUCAGCUGGCUGGUGCAAAGCACACGCUGCAUUCAAACACAUCUGUUGUUCACUUUAAAAUGAUGAGACUGUCUCUGAGUCUGAACUGAAUAAAAACAUUAACACAGCA